UAAAAAAUUAAGCAUUUAUUGUUUGAUACCAACCUACUAAUUACUCACUAAGUAAUAGCCCAAUUAGCGACACUACCAAACUCCCAAUAUACCCCGCGAGUUUUCUUAUCUUUAAAAGUCUGCCCACUUACGUUACAAGAUAUCACAACUCAAUUGGGUCUCAGUGAUUUAACCUCAGUAUAAUGAAAGUCGAAUUGUUCUCUGAAGAAGAGUUAUCGAAUGGCCCUCCUAUUGAAAUAUUUGAAAAUGAGCGUAAUAAGAAGGCAGCCUCACCGAAUUCUCAAAUAAAUUUUACAAACAUAUUAAGAAGUGAAAGAAGGAAUCCAAGACGAUUUGAAUAUCGAAAGGAAAAUAAGGAAAGAUCUCAAAAUGUUUAUGGAAAGAAGGAUAAAAAUUCUCGGAAAAAAAGAAGACUACCUCCAUAUAAAGAAGUUAUCAGUUCAAUAUUACGGGAUUAUGGUACUAUGCAUCUCAAAGGGGUUGUCUCUAUAUUUCUUGAAAGGCAACCAGGUUUUAAAGAAAAUUUAACUGAAGAUUCGAUAUCUAGAAACAUACGACGCUACUUAUGUGCAUGUCAUGAAUUUAAAAAAUGCGGUUUUGCAAAUGGAAAGAAAAAUAUGACUUUAUGGGGAUUAAAUAUCUGAAAUGUAAAAAGCUAUUAAAUUAGAUUGACUUCUUUAGCAAUGAUAGUUAGCUCUAGAUUCAUGUUAAGUUUGUUUCUUUGGAUUUAUUUAAAUUUUU